AUGGAAGGAAACAGUUUGCAGAUUCCAUACAUCUCUUCCCCUCGCUAUCUACGCCUGCAUUUAGCCUUGCAAACCCUAUCGGGCAAUCCUGGAUUUAUAUCCCGAAUGGAUUCAAAAGGCUCCAUUGACAGCGUACCUGGUAUUAUUGACGCCAACUUGAGGUCCUCAUCGAGAAGAAGCAUUUCUUCAUUUCGAUCGAAAGGUUCGGGUACAAAUUCUAGUAGGGAAGUGGCAUUAGAUGAUUUGGGAUCGAAGCGUGUGCAAUAUGGAUCUAGGGGAGCUGAGUCUGAGAUAUUUGGCAUGUCAUUAAAGGAGAUAAAUGAUGAGGAUGCUAGGUUGGUGUAUAUAAAUGAUAUUGAGAAGACAAAUGAGAGGUUUCAGUUUGCUGGUAAUUCCAUUAGAACGGGAAAAUAUUCUAUCUUGACAUUCUUGCCUAGGAAUUUAUUUGAGCAGUUCCAUAGAGUUGCCUACAUAUAUUUCCUUGUGAUUGCUGUGCUUAACCAGCUUCCUCAACUAGCCGUCUUUGGGCGGGAAGCCUCCAUUUUGCCCUUAGCCUUUGUCCUGCUAGUUACAGCAGUUAAAGAUGCUUAUGAGGAUUGGCGGCGCCAUAGAUCAGAUAAGAUUGAAAACAACAGAAAUGCAUCAGUUCUGGUCAAUGAUCAGUUUCAGCUCAAGAGAUGGAAGGACAUUCGGGUUGGUGAAAUCAUCAAAGUUCACGCAAAUGAAACUCUUCCUUGUGACAUGGUGCUUCUCUCUACCAGCGAUGCAACUGGGGUUGCCUAUGUGCAGACUAUUAACUUAGAUGGGGAAUCAAAUUUGAAGACCCGGUAUGCAAAGCAAGAGACCUUUUUGAAGGUUCCAGAGAAGGACAAGAUUACUGGAUUGAUCAAAUGUGAGAAGCCUAAUAGAAACAUAUAUGGGUUUCAAGCCAACAUGGAUAUUGAUGGGAAAAGGCUGUCACUUGGACCCUCUAACAUCGUUCUCCGAGGAUGUGAGCUCAAGAAUACUGCUUGGGCACUUGGGGUGGUUGUGUACGCCGGUCGUGAGACAAAAGCAAUGCUCAACAGCUCAGGUGCACAAUCAAAGAGGAGCAGGCUCGAGACUCAGAUGAACUUUCAGAUUAUCAUCCUUUCUCUCUUUCUUGCUGCUUUAUGCAUAGUUGUCUCAGUCUGUGCUGCAGUAUGGCUGAGGCGCCAUAGGAAUGAGCUGGAUGACAUGCCCUUUUACAGGAGAAAAGAUUUCUCUGAGGAGGGUGAAGUGAAAGACUUUAAUUAUCUUGGCUGGGGAUUGGAGAUAGCUUUCACAUUUCUUAUGUCAGUCAUCGUGUUCCAGGUCAUGAUCCCCAUUUCUUUGUACAUAUCAAUGGAGCUUGUCCGGCUUGGUCAGGCAUACUUCAUGGUCCGAGAUACCCAAAUGUAUGAUGAGGCCUCAAAUACAAAAUUUCAGUGUAGGGCUUUGAAUAUAAAUGAAGAUUUAGGACAAGUAAAGUAUAUAUUCUCAGAUAAAACAGGUACACUAACAGAGAACAAGAUGGAAUUUCAUUGUGCUAGCAUUAUGGGAGUUGAUUACAGCGGUGGAGAAGCUAACACAGAAACUGAACAUGUUGGCCAUGCUAUCGAAGUGAAUGGGAAGAUUUUGAGACCAAAGAUGAAGGUGAAGACUGAUCCAGAGUUACUACAGUUGGCAAGAAGUGGAAAUGGCACAAAGGAAGGAAAAUGUAUUUAUAAUUUCUUCCUUGCAUUGGCAGCUUGCAACACCAUUGUACCUAUCGUCAUAGACACAUCUGAUCCAACCUUGAAAUUGGUAGAUUAUCAAGGGGAGUCCCCAGACGAACAAGCAUUGGUUUAUGCUGCAGCUGCAUAUGGGUUUAUGCUUGUAGAACGUACUUCUGGCCAUAUAGUUAUUGAUAUUCGAGGAGAAAAACAAAGGUUCAAUGUUUUGGGUUUGCAUGAGUUUGACAGUGACAGAAAGAGAAUGUCUGUAAUAUUAGGGUGCCCUGACAAGUCUGUGCAAGUCUUCGUAAAGGGUGCUGACACAUCCAUGUUUAGUGUGAUUGACAAAUCUCUUUCCAUGAAUGUUAUGCAUGCAACUGAAGCCCACCUUCACGCUUACUCCUCUCGGGGCUUGAGAACCCUUGUUGUUGGCAUGAGGGAACUCAGUGAUAGAAAGUUCGAACAAUGGCACUCUUCCUUUGAACAUGCAAGCACUGCACUGAUUGGUAGGGCUGCAUUGCUCCGCAAAGUUGCAAGCACUGUGGAAAAUAAUCUUUCCAUACUUGGUGCCUCUGGUAUUGAAGAUAAGUUGCAACAAGGUGUGCCAGAAGCCAUAGAGUCUCUUAGAAUCGCAGGGAUGAAAGUGUGGGUUCUCACUGGGGACAAGCAAGAAACGGCCAUAUCAAUUGGCUACUCCUCAAAGCUCCUAACAGCAAAGAUGACCCAGGUUACAAUAAACAGCAACUCUAAGGAGUCAUGUAGGAAAAGUUUACAAGAUGCUAUUGUUAUGGUGAAGAAGCUGACGACAGUUCCUGCAGUCAUGAAUGGUGCUGAGAUUGAUUCCGUAGCUGGUGUAACUCCUGUGGCCUUGAUUAUUGAUGGUACCAGCCUUGUGUAUGUACUUGACAGUGAACUUGAAGAGCAGCUCUUCCAAUUAGCUGGUUUUUGUUCUGUGGUUCUAUGUUGCCGAGUUGCUCCAUUGCAAAAAGCUGGAAUUGUUGCCCUUGUAAAGAACAGGACUGAUGACAUGACACUGGCCAUUGGGGAUGGUGCAAACGACGUUGCAAUGAUACAAAUGGCAGAUGUAGGAGUUGGGAUAUCUGGUCAAGAGGGUCGGCAAGCUGUGAUGGCUUCUGAUUUUGCACUGGGACAGUUCAAAUUCCUGGUGCCACUUUUAUUGGUCCAUGGACAUUGGAACUACCAGAGGAUGGGUUACAUGAUCCUAUACAAUUUUUACAGGAAUGCAGUACUUGUUCUUGUGUUAUUUUGGUAUGUGCUCUUUACUGCUUUCACUUUGACAACAGCUGUCACUCAGUGGAGCAGUGUGUUGUACUCUAUAAUAUAUACAUCAGUUCCCACAAUUGUGGUUGCUAUUCUUGACAAGGAUCUAAAAAGGAGGACACUUCUUACAUAUCCACAACUUUAUGGAGCUGGCCAUCGAAAAGAGUGCUUCAACUUGAAACUAUUUUGGGUGACAAUGCUUGACACCUUGUGGCAAAGCCUUGCUGUCUUCUUGAUCCCCCUCUUUGCAUACUGGGGCAGCACAAUUGAUGGAUCAAGUAUAGGAGAUCUUUGGACAAUCGCGGUUGUUAUUUUGGUCAAUUUACACUUGGCAAUGGAUAUUAACCGAUGGAAUUGGAUUACUCAUGCUGCCAUUUGGGGAUCUGUAAUUGCAACUUUUAUUUGUGUCAUCGUUAUUGAUGCUUUACCAACAAUGCCUGGUUAUUGGGCCAUCUUCGAAGUCACAAAAACGGGAUUGUUUUGGUUGUGUUUGCUUGCUAUAGUUGUCGUGGCAAUUGUUCCUCGCUUUGUUGUAAAAUUUAUUUGUGAAUAUUAUAGACCUUGUGAUGUCCAUAUUGCGAGGGAAAUUGAGAAAUUUGGGAAUUGGAGGGAGUCACAAGAUGUACAAAUAGAAAUGAAUCCAAUCUCAAAUUCUGAAAGGAGGUGAAAGGUGAUUUUCUUCCUUGUGCAUCUCCUUAAUUCCUUUUACAACGGGUCAUAUUCUUUUAGGCUUCAUAAGAGUACCACUCUUCGAGUUGCCUGAUUUUCAUUACUUGCUAUCCGAAGGGUAGUGUAAACAUGUAGGCUUGUGUUUCAUCUUCUAUUUGUUAAUUAAUAUUGUAAAUUAGCAAGGUCUACAGCUUAGGAUGUAACCCACAUAAAUGAGAUUUUCUUUUACUUUCA